UGUGACCAAGGUGUUUAAGGAUGUACAGGACUAACAAUCCCUAUGGCUCUGACUCUAGCAGUUAUGCAGGAUCUGUCCAGUCCAUCCAGUCCUAUGGCUAUUCAGUGGACGAUCGGUCAUCACAGAUAUCAAAUCUGUCCAGACCAAGUGCCAAGUCAAUAUAUAUGCAGAGGAAGGAGUAUGCAGACUCUAUCACCAAGAUUAUGGACAAAUUCCAUCAUAGAGUAGAGCAUCUGUUUACCUGUGACCUGGAUGGUGAGGAGGUGCGUGAUGUGAAUGACUGUGUUGAGAGGCUGAAUAUACUGGAUGGGAUGGGUAGGGUGUGGGGGCAGGACAUGGUCCUGGAGGUGCGGGAUGGGAACCUGCUGCUAACAGACAUCGAGACCAAGGAGGAGCUGGAGUCCCUGCCUCUGAGCAGCAUUGUGGAGCUGAAGGCUGUGAUGGACAGCUGUGUGUACAAUUCCCUGCUGACCGCAACCGUCAAGGACCGCAGCAAGAGGACCACCAGUGUCUUCAUGUUCCAGUGUGAGGACCUCAGGGCCGAUUUCAUAAAACGGGACCUAGAGAGAGCACUUCCUCACCAGAGAGAUGACGUUAGCAAUCACAGCAACAACAGCAGGGGCAAUCUAGAAGUUAUGUCUGGCCAUCAAAUUGUUAGGAAUCUUCAGAAAACUGGCCCACCCCCUGAGCAGAGAGAAUGGACUCCUCCAGAAGAACCCUCAGCUCAAUGGAGCGCUCCGGACUAUGAUGAAGUUCCUACACCUACACCUACACUUACACCUACACCUACACCUACACCGCCCAUGCCCAGAGAAGAGCCACCUCCUCACAGGAAGGAAACCCCAGUCCAACCCCUCUUUAUGGAGGACAAGCCCGAGACAACCCCUGUCUCUCAUCCACGCCCAUACGCAGAGACUGAUAGGAAUGUGGACAUCUUGAAUCAUAUUUUCAAUGAUAUUGAGAUAUUUAUGGGCCAAGUCGCUGCUACAGCAGCCAAAGCCGAGAUGAAAAAAAAGAAAAAAAAGAAGAAGAACAAGGAUAAAGGCAUUGAUGGCAUGCCACCAGCAGAGGAGUUUAAAACCUGUCUCCACAAAAUCAAAUACGGGUUCAACCUUCUGGGGGAGCUCAAUGGAAAGAUUAGUAAUCCCAACGCUCCGGAAUUCGUCCACUGCCUCUUCUCCACCCUGGCAUUUGUGGUAUCCCACUGCCCUGAGGAGCUGCCCCCCACCAUCGUGGCGCCCCUGCUGGAGCCUGAGUGUAUCCGUCUGCUGAGUGAGGAAGCCACCCCCGAGGAGGACCAGCUGUGGCAAUCACUGGGAGACGCCUGGAACAUCCCCAGUACAAAAUGGCCCGACGAUGACGAGGACAUCCCUACCUACACUCUGGAGUUCUACGAUGGUUGGCAGCCCCCAGAGGUGACCCACUCUCCCCCAGGGAGAGAGCCAGAGAAGAGAGAACCUGAGAGUAGGCAGCAGAGUCAGAAUCAGAGUCAGAGUCCAUUCUCCACCCCUGAAAAGAGUUCGGCCCAAUGGAAGCCUCCACCAUCACGUCCAGAUGAGCUAAACCCCAGUUACAUGCGUGUGAUGUAUGACUUCACUGCAAGGAACAACAGAGAGCUGAGCAUCUCCAAGGGAGAAGUGGUUCAGCUACUGGACAUGUCCAAGAAAUGGUGGAAAGUAAGGAGCGACAGAGGGGAGCAGGGCUUUGUGCCCAACAACAUACUGGAGUCAGUGGACAAGGAGCAGGAAAAGCAGGCAAGAUACCCCAACACUCAGCAACACUUUAUACUGGAAAGCCUGCUGUGUGUUAUUAUGUUGUGUAUGCUCCAUGUGGGGAACUCAGACCCGUGUUACGCCUGCGUAAAUGGAACUUUAUUUCCUUUUCCCUUUCCCUUAUUCACUUUCUCUCUGCGUAUUCUGACCUUCAUCUGA